UCAGACCUAGAUCUUUCCAGUUAAUCACACAACAAACUUAGCUCAUCGUAAUAAAAAGCAGCUCGGUGCAGGCUGGCUCCUUUAGUGACUGCCUCUACACAGGAUCCUUUCAAGCAGGCAUCUCCUUCUGUGUGAUCUGCCAGCAAGACCAGCACCAUGUGGGUGACCCAACUUCUGCCAAUACUGGUGCUGCAUCAGGUUCUUCAACAUCUCCUUCUUCUUCCCAUCACCAUUUCCUUUGCAGAGGGCCAGAGGAAAAGAAAUACCCUACAUGAAUUCAAAAAGUCAGCAAAGACUACCCUAAUCAGACUAGACUCAUCACUGAAUAUUAAAACUAAGAGGCUGAACACGACGGACAAAUGUGCCAAGCGAUGUAUUAGGAAUAAAGGCCUUCCAUUCACUUGCAAGGCCUUUGCUUUUGACAAAGCAAAAAAACGAUGUCAUUGGUUCCCUUUCAAUAGCAUGUCAAAUGGAGUGAGAAAGAAGCAUGACCAUGAAUUUGAUCUGUAUGAAAACAAAGACUACAUUAGAAACUGUAUCAUUGGUAAAGGGGGAAGCUACAAGGGAACUAUAUCUAUAACUAAGAGUGGUAUCAAAUGCCAACCAUGGAAUUCGAUGAUACCACAUGAACACGGCUUUUUGCCUUCGAGCUAUCGGGGGAAAGACCUACAGGAAAAUUACUGUCGAAAUCCUCGAGGGGAAGAAGGGGGACCUUGGUGUUUCACAAGCAAUCCAGAGGUACGCCAUGAAGUCUGUGACAUUCCUCAGUGUUCAGAAGUUGAAUGUAUGACUUGCAAUGGGGAAAGUUACCGAGGUCCCAUGGAUCAUACUGAAUCAGGCAAGAUAUGUCAGCGCUGGGAUCAUCAGACACCACACCGACACAAAUUCUUGCCAGAGAGAUAUCCUGACAAGGGCUUUGAUGAUAAUUAUUGCCGCAAUCCUGAUGGCAAGCUGAGGCCAUGGUGCUAUACUCUUGACCCUGACACCCCUUGGGAGUACUGUGCAAUUAAAACAUGUGCUCAUAGUACUAUGAAUAAUAGUGAUAUUCCUAUGGAAACAACCCACUGUGUCAGAGGUCAAGGAGAAGGUUAUCGAGGUGCUGUGAAUACAAUAUGGAGUGGAAUUCCGUGCCAGCGCUGGGACUCCCAGUAUCCUCAUCAGCAUCAUAUAACUCCUGAGAACUUCAAGUGCAAAGACUUAAGAGAAAAUUACUGUCGAAAUCCAGAUGGGGCUGAAUCACCCUGGUGUUUUACAACAGAUCCAAACAUUCGAAUUGGUUAUUGUUCCCAGAUUCCAAAAUGUGAUGUUUCAAGUCAACAAGACUGUUAUCGUGGAAAUGGCAAAAAUUAUAUGGGAAGUUUAUCCAAAACAAGAUCUGGGCUGACUUGUUCCAUGUGGGAUAAGAAUAUGGAAGACUUACACAGGCAUACUUUCUGGGAACCAGAUGCUAGUAAACUGAAUAAGAAUUACUGCCGUAAUCCUGAUGAUGAUGCCCAUGGGCCCUGGUGUUACACAGGCAAUCCGCUAGUUCCUUGGGAUUACUGCCCAAUCUCUCGCUGUGAAGGUGAUACUACACCUACAAUUGUCAAUUUAGACCAUCCUGUCAUUUCCUGUGCAAAAACAAAACAGUUACGAGUAGUAAAUGGAAUCCCAACACAAACAAAUGUGGGAUGGAUGGUUAGUUUGAAAUACAGAAAUAGGCAUAUCUGUGGAGGUUCAUUAAUAAAAGAAAGCUGGGUUUUAACUGCAAGACAAUGUUUCCCUUCUCGAACUAAAGAUUUGAAGGACUACGAAGCUUGGCUUGGAAUCCAUGAUGUUCACGGAAGAGGAGAAGAGAAACACAAACAAGUUCGAAAUAUCUCUCAGUUAGUAUAUGGACCUGAAGGAUCAGACUUGGUUCUACUAAAACUUGCAAGACCUGCAGUACUGGAUGACUUUGUUAGUACAAUUGAUUUACCUAAUUAUGGGUGCACAAUUCCUGAAAAGACCACUUGUAGUGUAUAUGGAUGGGGAUACACUGGAUUAAUCAACUUUGAUGGUCUCCUUCGUGUAGCACACUUAUUUAUCAUGGGAAAUGAGAAAUGUAGUCAAUAUCACCAAGGGAAGAUCACACUGAAUGAAUCUGAAAUCUGUGCUGGGACUGAAAAAAUAGGAACAGGACCAUGUGAGGGAGAUUAUGGUGGCCCACUGGUUUGUGAACAACAUAAAAUGAGAAUGGUCAUUGGUGUUAUUGUACCUGGUCGUGGCUGUGCCAUUCCAAACCGCCCUGGGAUUUUUGUUCGAGUAGCUUAUUAUGCAAAAUGGAUUCACAAAAUCAUAUUGACUUACAAGGUACCUCAGUCAUAGUUGAAAUAAAUGCGGCUGGAGCCUCCAACCACUAUAGCUCCUCUUACAGAGCGCAUGAAACGAAAAUGUCACAUAUAAAAAUCCUAAAAAAAAAAAAAACACCCUACUUGACUGUCAAGUUUAUUAAGAUACUCAUUGAUAUAAUGAGUGUUUUCUGUCAUUCUGUCUGUCAGUGUUAUUUUAUAAAUGUUGAAGUGAAUUAAGGUAUGUGCAAGUAUAGUAACAUAUCUCCUGAAGAUACUUGAAUGGGUAAAAAAAAUUACAAAGUUAUUAUUGCUAGAUGAUAAAAGAUUUUUAAGGAAACACAUCAAUUAAAUUCCCUAUGCCACUUUCCAAGUUUAGUACCUUAAUAAUAAAUCACAAUUUAAAAAUAAUGUUAUGUCAAACUCAUCACCACUAUAUAUUAUCCUCAUUUUUAAAGAGUUCCUUUAAAUUACAUUCCAUUAUAUCAUUUAAGAUAACCAUUCUCAUUGCUUUCAUGCCUGCACACGCUCAUGCACAGGCACAUACACACACACACACACAGAGUCAUGGCAUGUAGUUCACGGUCCUCACUAUUUUGGAACCAUGUAAUUCUGGUUUCUUGUCAAGCAGUAUAGCAGUUUCUCAAUGCUAGAGAAGAAGGAAUACAGAAGAGUGCCAAAAAUAAAAGAAAUUAACUUAGUUUUUGUUCAAAUAAUGCAGUGUGUUAGCACUACUAAAAGUUGAUAGGCAUCUCUGCAAUCAUAACCUACUGAAGACUAAGAAGUCCUAUUCUAUGGUAUUUGCCAACUCUUAGCAUGUUAGGUGCUUUGUUGGUGAUUUUGUAGAAUGGAUAUCCAUAUAAUCUUUCCCCACUCAAUUCAAGUCCAUUUAUUUAUGCAAGUUACUUAUAUUCUCUGCCUAAAGAAUCUUUUAGAUUCUAUGUAGAUACACAAAUUAAGAGGAAAAACUUUCUUUCUUUGAUUAAAAGAUGCUCUAAAUAAAUUAUUCCUUUUCUUAUAUUUAAACAAUAAGUCAAGUUAAUUCUUUUAAAAACUCAUAGUGCCAGAUGAAUACCAAGAUUACUUAAGAACAGCUAUUGAAAUAAUUUGAUUGGUAUUGAAAAUAUUUUAAUCACAUAGCUCUACUCUAUAAGUAGCCCCUCAAUGUGGACUUAUUAAAAUUGUAUGGAAAAUCCUUCUCCUGAUCCAAUAUGUUGUGAUAAAAUCAUGGGUUUUGAGGCAGAAGACCCUGGUUCAAAUUUUUUUAUGCCAUUUAUAAUAUGUGUUAAUGGUGGCCCUCUUAAUCUCUCUCUGGGUUCCAGUGCCUGAUAUGUAAAAUAAUGGAAUUGGAAAAGCUGACCUCUUUAUUCCUCCUAGCUCUAAGACUAUGAUCCCAUAAAGAAAAAUCUAUUUAGAGGAGGAAAGAACAAAAUUAUACAGGAAGCCAUCUUUAACGAUGAAAUGGGAUCAUUCUAGUAUGGCAUUGCAUCAAGUUCACUGUGAAUUGAUCUGUUCAAAAGCUACAAGAGAUUUUUGAUGAAAUUUUUACUUAGUUUUUAAUAAAGAAGACCAACAAGGUCUUUUGACCUGGCUCUUCAUGUAGAGAUUUUGUUUGGAAACACAGUGUCUGAAUUCUGUCUUAUUGAUUGCAGUCCAUUAUGAAAAGGAAUAAUGUGGCAAGUUUCUCACAAACAUAACAAAAAAUCCUUCAGAAUUUGAGAUCAUUGGGAGCUAUAGUUAUUUACUCAUUUGGUCCUGGCAGGAUACAAUCCCUAUGAAAUUGAAUUGCUCUCUCUCUAUCUCUAUGUCUUUCUCUGUGCUUGUAUCUGUCCAUAUUUCUUUCCCUCUGUCUCUUUGACUUUCUUUGUCUUUGCCUCUGUCUCUCUUUUUCUGUGUGUGUCUUUCUGUCUCUAUCUCUCUUAAAACCUAGAACCACAACUAGGUCCCAGAUGCUUUCACACUCUCUAGUCUUUAACAUAACCCUCUUUGAAAUUAUACUGAAGUGUUUGGGGUAGGAACCAGUAAAAAAGAAAGAAAACCUGGUUGUGAGAUAAACCAUUCAAUGAAGGAUGCUAGAACCUAGAGAGAUGUGGUAGUCGAGAUCCUUCAAGAAAAGAAUAAGCAGACAGUGCUUUCAGGGAGUUAUCUAUAAAGCAAGAUGAAUCCAUCCCAAAUCUCUUGGUUUGACUUCAUUCUCUUUUACUGAUCACCAUUUUAACCAGGCAAAAUGCAGUAUGUUGGAAAGAAGACAUAUAUGUUCAAAUGCAUAUCCUUAAUAUAGUCAUGGUCUCAGUGUCAUUGUUUGUAGCUCACAUAUGAAAGACUAUUUUUAAAAAAGUUUUACACAGUGCCUAGAUACUUUAAAAAGAACUUUUCCCUAUAUCUUUGAAAAACAAACACUUCACUGUCAUUUAUUAUACAUUCCCAUGAAUGGGAAAAUGAAUAGAUAGGUAAAGUAGAUAGACGUACCUAGAGACAUAAGACACAACUCUAUCCCUUUAAAAAUAUGUAUUCUUUAUUCUCAAAAACUGACCCCCCCCUCAAAAAAAAUUGGAGUAAUUUGAUAACUUGGUCUAAUUCUUAGAAAACUUACAUUUGUUUUAAAGUGAACUCUGGAAAGUAUAAUAAGAAUUUAAAGAGAGAGAGAGAGAGAGAGAGAGAGCAAGAGAGAGAGAGAGAGAGAGAGAGAGAGAGAGAGAAAGGACAAGAGACCAAGUCACUUUUAACUAGUAUGAUAAUGUGUAAUCACAUUGAUAGUUUUUGGUAAAAUACAUAAAAAUCUAUUUUGUGAUUAAUGUUUUUCAUCUUGAAUAAAGAAUAACACUAAUAAAAUUUAUAUAUUUUCCUUGCAACUCUAAGAUCUUUUUGGGAAAAAAAGGAAAUAAAUUAAUUAGGAUGAAACAUUAUUUUGAGUUAUCAAGAGAAAGACUUCUUAGAUUAAAAGACUGCAAUCAUUUUCUGUUUUGACAAUUUUAAAAAAUGGAUAUUUCCUAACUGGUGUAUUUGUAAGUGUUCUGUUCUACUAAGAAUAAUGUUAAAAAACCUAAAAUAUGUUAUUAUCCUUCUGCUGGGCAGGAGGCACACAACCUUUUUAUAUACUUUUAUUGGGGGGAAGUGUUAUUAUAUGAUGUGUAGGGAUUUUUUUUUACCUGUUUUCUGUGGCAGUGCCUCAGUAAAAUGGUUUAUAGGGAGUCAAAUCUCUAUAACAGGCUAGGGCUUGCUAUCCAAGUGUUCAAGUGAUUUCGAGAUAUAAGGAGGAACAUGAGACACUGGAGGGCAAGAAAAGAGAAGAAUAAUGAUGUGAUAGCAAAGUUGUAUUUCACUUAUUCCUGUGAAUAUUUCUUGUUGGUACCAAUGGUACUGUACAAAGUGAAUGUUAUAGCCACAGCUUUUUCUUUAAAAGGAACACUGUCAAGAAAUGAAAACACUUUAUCUGUUCAAAAUUAGGUUUAUAUCCAGUAUUUCCCUGAUAUUUCUGUGCAAUUUGCUUUUAGAGAAGAAUCAUUAUAUUCAUGAUGAAGAAAUGAUGUUGUCAGAGAGAAUAUAGGACACUACAUUAUUAUACACCCUAAUGACAGGAUGCAUCCAAAACUCCAUCAUAGGUCUUGUAGUUUUUGAAGGUAGCCAUUUUGAAGAUAAAUUAUUCAGUAUAUUUUGUAAAUAACUUAUUUGAGAGAAGGGGAGUUUCAUGUUAAAGAAACAACUUGUGCCUUUGUAUGUAUUUUUUCAUGAGACAGUUCAAAACCAAAGUUAAUUUUCAAUCUUUAAAAAUAAGUAUAACCCUUAGAAUUUCAAAAAGGAAAUGUAAGCCAUGAGAAACCUUUUGGACCCUAAAGUCUUGACAGUGUACCUUUUAAAUAGGCAUAUUUCCAUUUGCACAGAAAGUGUUUGUCUUUGAGAACCCAUAAGUGGAAUACUGUGGAUGUUAUGACCAUUUGUCUUGCAUGUAAAUAGGAAAAUAAUAAUGCUGCCUAUUGAAUGGGUAUAGCUGGAAGCUUACCCAAACAAGGGAACACUGUGGUUAUGACUUGUAUUAUAAAUUUUCUGUAAUUAAUGGCAUCAUUAUUAGUUAAUAAAGUUAUUUUUGUAACCUUGUUUAUCAUAUUGUUAUAAUUAAUAAUAAAAUAUUUUACCUAGA